AUGCCAAAACGUGGUGGUGGACGUCCACGCAAUAACUGGAAGGGUGGUGAACAUUUUGAACAUGAUGACCGUAUGCACAAUACUGGAAGAAGGGUUAUGUUCAAGCAGAGUCAGAAUAAAGGAAAAAAUAAAUUCAGGAAUUGGAAUGAUGCUAAGUUAUUGUUUGAUGAUGAUGUUGAUAUGGGUGCAUCUGGGCAGAUACAAAAUAGAAGAGGAGCAUUCCGAGGCAGAGGAGGCCGACUGGGUUCUCCACCACCCCGCCCCGCCCAUAGAAGAAAAUUUAUCACAGGGGUCUUACCCUGGUAUCAAAUUACUAUACCCUAUGGAGCUAAGUGUGAAAAAGAGACCUUACUCAAUGCGCUUUCAAGUUUUCUCUCGCCAGAUGUAUUUGUAGCUCACUACUUCAAAAUGGAGGGAAAUGCAGCUAUAUUCUAUGUGGAUGAUGUGAAGAUGGCUGAAAAAAUAUUCAAUGCUGAUAGAAAGAUAAUGUUGCCCAAUGGAUUCAAAAUGAUUCUUGUAGUCCGUAAUGCGGUACCUAGAAUUAAUAUAACUGAUGAUAUGAAAGAAAAAAUGAAAUUGGCUAUGGCUAAACGGUAUAAUGCUGCUACAAAAGCGUUGAAUUUGACUAAAUUUCAUGUCGAUCCUGAACUGGCUGAUAUAUUUUGUGCCCUGUUCCGUCCUGUAAUCAUGUUGGCUGCUAUUGAUAUUAUUGCCGAGAACAUCCCAGACUUAGAAGCGUUGAACUUAAACGACAAUAAAAUACAUGGGCUUGAACAUCUCAAGAUUUUGGCAGUCAAAUUUAAAAAUCUGAAGAUUCUCUACAUGGGUGACAAUAGGAUAACAUCUAUAGCAGCGUUGGAAGCGUUGAAGGCUUUACCUCUGGUUGAACUGUACCUCAAAGGCAAUCCUCUUGUGAACAGGUUCAAUGAUAAUGAAGCCUACAAAAGUGAGAUCCGGCGUAAAUUUCCGAAGCUCAUGCGAUUGGAUGACGAAGAUCUACCUCCGCCUAUAAGUUUCGACAUACCCGACGAAUCUACACUACCACCAGUACAACAGUCCUUCCUGGUAGACCCGAGUGGGCAGGAACUGGUAAAAGAGUUCCUUAAGCAAUAUUACGCUAUAUACGACUCGGAGUCGCGUCAAGCACUUCUAGAAGCAUACCACGAGACAGCUACCUUCACACUAACAACUAACUAUUUGAGCACGGAUCCCAGGAAUACUGGUUCUACGAGCAAACUAAACACAUACAUGAUGUACAGUCGUAACUUACUAAGAAUAACAGAGAGAGAGCCUAGAAGAAGACAUUUAAAAACUGGCAAGUUGCAAGUUGUUUCACUUCUGUCAGAUCUCCCUAAGACCUCCCAUGAUCUGAUGGGAUUCGCUGUGGAUUUAGUUAUAUUUAGGCCUACAAUGCUAGUCCUUACAAUGAACGGUGUUUACAAAGAAAUAAUGACAGCGGGGACACCGCUGCGAUCAUUCCACCGGACCUUCGUUAUAGUCCCAAACAGCAGUGGAGGAUUCUGCAUACUCAACGAUAUAUUAUUCGUAACAAAUGUUACUAAAGACCAGGAGGAGAAAGCGUUCGCAUCGACAGUACCGAUUGCGGCCGCACCCGCGCCUGCGCCCGCGCCCGUACCCGUUCUGACGUCACCGCUCGCGCCCGUCGCUGGAACAUCUCAAGAGGAUGCACAGAAGAAUAUGAUGCUAAAUAUGCUUAGCCAGCAGACGGGCAUGAACGAACACUGGAGUAUAAACUGCUUACAAGAAACGGGCUGGGACUACCAACGAGCGUUAUUCAUUUUCAACCAACUACAAUCAGAAGGGAAGAUACCGCCGGAAGCGUUCGUGAAGUGA